ACAAAACUGAUGAGAGAUGUCUGACUACUUUUUCUCAUGAAAGAAACAAAACCAAAAUUCGUUAAAAUUCAUCAAAUCCAACUUCUUUAUUAAGACAACCCUAUAGCUACUAAGACAACUACUAUUCAAAUACUAGUAGUAGUAGUAGUACUGUCACUUUGUCAGUGUGUUGUUUGGUGGUGUGUGUGUGUGUGUGUGUGUUUGUGCAUGGAGUAUAACCGCCACAGAGUUCAUGAGUCAUUCAUAUAUACAUGGUUCUCCACCAUAGCUGCUGUCUUGCAGUUUAAGGUUGUAAGUUGUGCUCUAAUGAAGGCUAUUGUUAAGUACUUGGCUGGUCUUGCUGGCCCUAGUGGCUAUGGCUCUAAAUCUACUGCUGAGCAAGUUACUCAACACUGCUCUCUUUCUUCUACUUCUUCACCUUCUUCAACUCUUACCGCUAUCAUAACCGGGGCAACAUCUGGAAUUGGCGCUGAAACAGCAAGAGUUUUGGCAAAAAGAGGUGUGAGGAUAAUCAUACCAGCAAGGGACAGAAAGAAGGCUACUUUGGUAAAAGAGAAAAUACUAAAAGAAAGCCCUGAGGCUGAUAUCACUUUGCUGGAGAUUGAUCUCAGCUCUUUUGCUUCAGUCAAGAGAUUCUGUACUGAGUUUCUGUCUCUAGGGUUACCCCUCAAUAUUUUAAUAAAUAAUGCUGGGAAAUUUUCCCAGAAGCUUGAGUAUUCAGAAGACAAGAUUGAGAUGACAUUUGCGACUAAUUACUUAGGCCAUUUUCUACUGACUGAAAUGCUGCUGGAGAAAAUGGUGGAGACAGCAGCAGAAACUGGCAUAGAAGGAAGAAUAGUGAAUGUUUCCUCAGUGAUUCACCACUGGGUUAAACGAAAUCAUUUCUCCUUUUCCCAAAUGCUCAAUCCAUCCAACUACAAUGGCACCCGCGCCUACGCGCAAUCUAAAUUGGCCAAUAUAUUGCACGCCAAGGAGUUGUCAAGACAACUAAAGGAAAGGAAAGCAAACGUAACCAUCAAUGCAGUUCAUCCGGGUAUUGUGAAGACAGGAAUCAUCAGGGAUCACAAAGGCUUUAUCACAGAAUCUCUAUUUUUUGUGGCAGCGAAGUUGCUGAAAUCCACAUCACAGGGUGCAGCUACAACAUGUUAUGUGGCUGUUAGUCCACAAACAGAAGGGAUGAGUGGGUUAUACUUUUCAGACUGUAAUCAAUGUCACAGCUCAAGCCUAGCAAAUGAUGAAGCUGUAGCACUUAAGUUAUGGAAGCUCACUAGAUCCUUAAUUCGCAGAAGAUCACAUUACACAGUAGCAUAAGUCGCUUUCUUUCUCACAAUAAGGAUAUUACAAUCAAUGUAAAUGAGUAGAUACAGUGUGUCACAGGUAAAUGCAACCACACAUCUUUAGCAAGUUGUUAAUCUGAUAACCCAAAAAUUCACAAUGAUACUAUUACAGAAAAUCUAUAGAUCUUCAUAGAUCUUCCACCAUCAGGGCAUCCUGUUGAGCUCCUGCGUGUACAGGUCUAACCUUUCAAUCAGUACUCAUAUCUAGCCAGAACCUAAUUGAGCGAUUAUGGUAUGGAAAUGAGCCUAAAUACUAAGGCUUGAAUCCGACCUAUAGCAAAGAACAUUAUGACACCAUCAUAUUUUUACAAAACUUGCCCAUUCCAGUUGUAAGCAUAAAAUAGAAUUAAUAAUCAUAGUCUGGAAUUUACACCUCCAAAUGUUAUAGAAUCAAGCCUUACACUAAGUAGGAACGACUCAUAAGAACUGCAGCUCUAUAAGUCAAUUGCCUAUGCCAUAUCAAUAAAUUAUAGUACAGCACAGAUUUCAGAUACUGAAUCUAUUUCAUCGAUCAUACAUGAUGGUAAAUGACUAGAAGAUGAGAUUUCCACAUCUAACCUAUGCAUUCACAGUACAGGAAGCUAAGCUUUUACCUUCUAAUACAGGCUACAAGUUUUGAUGGAUAUUAAAUGGGAAAACAAGUGGGAGAAGGUCUAAUUGCAAAAGUGAUCAGUUGAGGUUGUAUGUAGCAUGUUAACUCUGCUGAUCUUCAUUUCUUCACCUGCCAAAAGAUGACUCGAAUCAGAAUACGGUACCUGUCUUCAUAUCUUGAAAGGGGAAAGGGAAAUAAAUCUUCAACAAACAAACUAGACAAUUUCAAGACCAUCCGACACUCUUAGGCCUAAAAUAUCCAGUAUAACACACUCGGAUUGAUCUCACUCAAAAUGGUUCGAUGGAUUAUUCUUCUCUCUUUGACUCCAAAAGGAUGCAUGUAGUGUUUUUAGGCAACAAUUAAACCUUAGACUUAAUUGCUUAUUCUGGAAGAAGACACUCACAAUUCAAAAGAGACAAAUACAUUCAAACACAUUAGCAGCACAGGUAUUUCAUGAAAACAAAACUAUU